AUGUCAAAUACAAGAAUAUGUGUAAAACAAUUACCAAAACAUUUAACAGAUAAGCGUUUUAAAGAACAUUUCGAAAAAUUUGGUACUGUCACAGAUGCAAAAAUUAUCAAAAAGGAUGGUAAAUCUAGAUUAUUUGGAUUUAUUGGAUUUUCAACAGAACAAUCAGCAAAGAAUGCACUUUCAUUGAAUGGUACAUUUAUUGAUACAUCAAAGAUUGUUGUUGAAACAGCAACAGUUGCAAGUGAAACAACUGAAAAUAGACCAUGGUCAAAGUAUUCAAUUGGUUCAUCAUCAAAUAAAAGAUUAACUGAAAUGGAAAAAGAAAAAGAGAAAAAAGAAUUAAAAAGAAAACAAGAUAAAUUAGAACAACAAUCAAAUAAAAAACAAAAGAAAUCACAUACAAAUUCUUUAUUAGAUGCAGAAUUAGAGAAUGAUCCUGAAUAUCAAGAAUUUUUAAAUUUAGUUGCACCUCAAGCAAAUAGAAAAGUUUGGGAAAAUGAUGAUAAAGAAAUUGGUAAAAUAAAUAGAGGUGAAGAGGAAGGAGAAGAAGGAGAGGAAAAUGAUAAUCAAGUUGAGGAUGGUAAAUUACCAUUUUCAGGUAAAAAAAAGAUUGAAUUAGAUCAUGGUAAAAAUAAAGAUUUAUUAGUUUUUGAAGAUGCCGACGCAUCAGAUGAAGAAGAUUUAUAUGAAGAUAUGCCAACAGCACCAAAGAAACAAAAUAAAAAAGAUGAUGUAGAUUCUAUAAUAAAUGAAAAAAAGAAAAAACAUGAUUCAUCAGUUUCAGAUUUAGAUUGGUUAAGUAAAUUUAGAUCAAAUAAUGAUGAAAUCAUUGAAAAGAAUCAAUCAAUUGUUUAUAGAGAUGAAGAAGAAUCAGAGGAAGAGGAUGUUAAUAAUAAAGAAAAUAAAAAAGAUAAAAUGAAAAUUGAUGAUAAUAAAGAAAAUAAAAAAGAAAAGAAAAAAGAUAAAAAGAAAAAUAAAAAAGAUAAUGAUAAUGAUGGUGAUGAUGAUGAAUCUAAAAUUAAACCAAUUAAAUAUUUCGAACAUGAUUAUACAAAAGAAGAUGAAGAUGUUGGUGAAAGUGGUAGAAUUUUUGUUAGAAAUUUAUCAUAUUCAACAAAAGAAGAAGAUUUAGAAAAAGUUUUUAGUAAAUUUGGUAAAAUCUCUGAAAUUCAUAUUCCAAUUGAUUAUGAUUCAAAGAAAUCCAAAGGUAUUGCAUUCAUUUUAUAUUUAAUUCCAGAGAAUGCAGUUCAAGCAUUAAAUGACAUGGAUGGUAAAGUUUUCCAAGGUAGAUUAAUUCAUGUUUUACCAGGUAAAGCCGCACCAGCAAAACAAUUCUCUGAAAAUAAAGAUAAUAAUAAUAAUGGUGCUGAAGGAGGAUCAUCAUCAUUUAAAGCUGAAAAAGAACAAAAACAAAAAACAACAAGUGGUUCAACUCAUAAUUGGAAUGCAUUGUUUAUGAGAAGUGAUGCAAUUGUAUCUUCAUUAGCAGAACGUUAUAAAAUGACUCAAGGUCAAUUAUUAGAUCCAAAUCAAAUGGAUUUAGCAGUUCGUAUGACAUUAAUGGAAACUCAUGUAAUUAAUGAAACUAAAAAGUUUUUAGAGGAUCAAGGUGUAAUUAUUCAAGAUAUUGGUAACAAAGGUAGUAAACGUAGUAACACAGUAUUAUUAGUUAAAAACAUUCCAUUUAAAACUCAAGAACAUGAAUUACAUGAAUUAUUCUCUAAAUUUGGUGAACUUUCUCGUGUUGUACUUUCACCAGCUCGUACAAUUGCACUCAUUGAAUAUAUUCAUCCAAAUGAAGCUAAAGUUGGUUUUAAAAAUUUAGCAUAUUCAAAAUUCCACCAUGUCCCACUUUACCUUGAAUGGGCACCAGAAGGUGUUUUCAAAUUACCUGCUCCACCAAAAGAAAUUAAAAAAUCUGAAAAAUCUGAAAAAUCAUCAGAUAGUUCAAAUGAUAAAAAAGAAGUUGAAUCAACAACUAAAACAGCAGCAACAACAACAACAACUAAAAAAGGUACAGAUAAUAAUACUCAAUUUGUUUAUAUUAAAAAUCUUAAUUGGAAAACUACAAAUGAAACACUCGUUGGUAAAUUUAAAUCACUUAAGGAUUAUGUUAAUGUAAAUAUUGCAACUAAAGCUAAUCCAAAGAAUCCAAGUGAAAGAUUACCAUGUGGUUUCGGUUUCAUUGAAUUUUCAUCAAAACAAGGUGCAUAUGAAUGUAUAAAGAAAUUGAAUGGUUCUUCAAUUGAUGGUUAUGAAAUCUCAUUGAAAUUAUCAGACAAGAAUGAAACAAAUGUUCAAGAGAUUAAUAAAAGAAGAGAAUUACCAGAGAACAGUAAACAAUCUAUUAAAUCAAAUGGUGGUCAACCAAAUAAACCAUCAUCUAAAAUCAUUAUUAAAAAUCUUCCAUUCGAAUCAACAAUCAAAGAAAUUAGAAAAUUGUUCACUGCCUAUGGUGAAAUUCAAUCCGUACGUAUUCCAAAGAAACCAAAUGGAGGUCAUAGAGGUUUUGGUUUCGUUGAAUUCCUCACAGAAGAAGAAGCUAAAAAUGCAAUGGAAGCACUUGGUAAUUCUCACUUUUAUGGUCGUCAUCUUGUACUCCAAUAUGCUGAACAAGAUAAGAAUAUUGAUGAACUUCGUGAAAAAGCAAAUUUAGAUUAUGAAAAAAUUAAAAAUAGUACAUUUUAA